GGGCGCUCACUCGUGCGCCUGCUCUCCGCUCCGCGCACAAAAACAUCAAUGGUGGACUUGCAGUGGUGCGGGACGGGCGUGCGGGGCGUGUUGCGUGCGCGAGUGAGUGAGUGAGUGAGUGUGACAGAAGUCUCGUCCUGCUCGUGCGAGCUGCAGCGGCCGCGGCCCUCGUCCGAGCUAUCUGCGCUCAUGGACAACGCCGCAAGAUGAAGAAAGAAGAGGAGUCAUGACCUUGCACUGGUGGCAGCACUGGUUCUGGAUUACGGGCAGGGCGCCUGUGGUCGGCGCGCUGCUGUGCCUGCUGCUGACCGCCUGCGAUGUCCGGGGGCAGCUGCCGCCCUCGCUGGAGAUCGCGGGCCCCACCGCCCUGGCCAUGGCCGUGCCGGUCCCGGUGGCGCCCUGGCUAGUCGCCGGGGGCGCAUCGCGCAGGCUUCUAGGGUUCGCGGGGCAGACCCAGGUCGAGGACGGUGCCGUGCCCGUGAGUCCCGGACCUCCAGAGCCGAGUCCAUCGCCGGACCCGGAGGUGUCCUCGGCAACCAUCACGUACCUGACGACCCUCGACCCCGGGCAGGGGCCCGCGGAAGCCCCGCGUACUCGUGCUAGGGAGCCGAAGGCCAUUGGCGUCCCCCCGGCCGUGCUGCGCGCCGUCCCGUCGACCUCGACCGCGCCACGGCCGCGCCCCGCCACCAGCAUACUCGAGAUCGUGGAGGAACUGUCCGCCGACGCGGGGACGGCCUCGCCGUCACCGGAGUCACCGCCAGUCUCGCCGCACGCCCCAUCGCCGUCGUCCACCACCACGGCAGACACAGGUGCAGAAGACGAGGCCGCCGGCUUCGUCGACGUCGCUUCUUCGGCCGAAAUGCCAAACGACGAGCCGGCCAGGGCCUUUGCAGCAACCUCCACGACAACGGAGUCACCAGAAUUGGACAGCGCCUCCUCCUCGCCAGCGCCGAGCCCCACUGCCGGGCAGCCGGUGCAGGUCAUGUCGCUGACCACUGCCCCUGCAGGACCGAGCGUGGCAUCGGUGCCGUUGGACUCGAGCUGGCCGGCAACCCCCGCCGCGCCGAGCUUCGCCCCUAGCACAACCAGCACCACAACUUCCUCCCCCUCGUACAUCACCAGCACCAUCACCACCAGCACCGGCGCCCCAGGCUCCCAGUCCGACCCGGUUGUCGUCCACCCGGGGGUGAGCGUGCCCAGGCGGUCGACUGCCGCCCCCGCCGAGGCCGCCACCUCCACGGAGUACUUCAGCACGGUGGAGCCCCCCAGCGUGCUGCGCUCGGCGCCAUCCACCCUCAGCGUGUCCAGGCAGCAGCGGCCCGGGUCUGGCGCCGGCCCGGGCGCCAUGUCGCUGUCUGCCGGCGGCGGCCUCGACGCUGGCUCCAUCACCGGCAUCGUCCUGGGCAUCGUCGUGUUCGCGGGACUCGUCGGCACUGUAAGUUUUGUGCUGUAUCGCCGGCGGUAUAUCAACAAGCCUCAGACACUUAACGACAAGUGCAGUAAUCCAGACUCAAGUGGUUACAUAGACGACAGCACGUUACGGGAAAAUUCUGAAGAAAUGUACAGUCUUGACAAUGAUUCGUUUUUAAAUAGUCUGGAAGCUAUGACGAUCCAAAACUACUGGACAGAUACUGUGAAGCACACUAAACUUUGAGAUGUAACUUAGCUAAAUAUUCCUGUGGAGAAAGUUACCUUAAAAAUGUGUUGCUUGCUACAAGAUUUUUCUUUUUGAAAUUAACUUGAAGCAUGGAAGUCUACUGGCAUACCUUCCCCUCCCCCAUCUAAUCCCUCAAUAUUCAUUUCCUUACUGUCCAUUUAAAUAGGUAUUUAUUUCCCCUUCAUCAUAUCUCUCAAAUUCUAACUUUUUUCUCCUUUCUAUUUAGAAAUUAAUUAGAUUUUUGUAUUCUGACCAAUGAAAUUUCCGUAGCUCAGCUCACACUGUAGGCAUAAAAAUAUUUUGGACUAUGCAGAGUUCAGUAAUAUCUAUAUCCUCUCUCAUCCAUAUUGGAUCAGAGAUCACAGAAAUUAGUGAGAAAAAAAUUGAAAAGUAGAGCAUAAUCUGCAGAGUUAAUUUGUGAAGUGACAAUGUUUAAUAACCUGCACUUUUAUGAAUUCAAUUUGAUCAUUCCUUAUUUUAUGCAAAUAGAAAUGUAUUUUUGUAGGUCUAGCAAACUACGAGUCAAAUUGACUUUGUUUUAAACUGAGGGAGCUAUAGUUAUGAGAUUGUUAUUCCAUGGUCUCAGUGCUUGGAUUGGGAUAUAUUUUGUACUAAUUGAUUUCAGGCCCUAACUAAAGAUUAACUAUUAUUUCUAGAUUUAUGAAAACCUGUGAAGGCCUCAACUACAAAUUGCAAAGAAGCAUGAUAAGAAAACCAUUUUAGAUAAACCAGAAACAAAAUUAGCAUGGACCUAAUAUUAGUGUAGAGAAAGCUCUCCAAAAGUGCAAUGGAAUCCCCAUCACACUAUAUACGUACUGUAUUACACACUAAUUGUUUGUUUCACUUAAAAUUUAAAGGUUGUUUGGUUGUGAGGUGUAGCGUCUGUGUUUGUGUGAGAUGAUAUUAUGAUGGGAGCUUUGCAUUUUAUUCCCUGAUGAUUUGUGUGUAUGGUUCCAGGUGAUUAACCAUGAGGGACCCUCUUCACUCGUGUUUUGUGAUAUUUUUAGUUUGUGUUUAUUUUUAAGCUGGGCCAUUUUUAAGUAAGAAAAGUAAUAUCCCUCCAUACUUAUCCACAGCUGUUCAAGGAUUGAGAUUGGGUCCACUAGGCAGAUAGGCUCAUAACAAUGUACAUGCAUAUUGUUUCUCAUUCAUCCUAGUCCUCCAUUCACUUAUUUCUUUUUUAUUUUACUAGAUAUAUCUUUUAUAGUCUGUAUUACACAUCAAUUGAUUCCAUUGUUAAUUGAAUCGAGAGUAUCAAUAUUGUGUCCUUGAUUUGGUCUUGUGUAAAUGACUGCCCAAAAUGAUUGUACCUGCCUUUUACUAUCACUUUAAUUAAUUGGUAUGCUAUUUCUAAUUAUCAAGGUGCCUGUCAAUCUAUCCCAAUCAAGGAGCCUACAGCUAAAACAGUAGCUUUAAGUGCAAAUCAUAAUUUAGAUAAUUUACAAAUUCAUGUCACAUAUCACCAGCUGCUGAACCGAUUAGAUUAAGAUGAUGUUUUCCCGAAGUAUUACCAUUAUUUCUGUAUUAAGAGUAUCCUCCGAGCUUAAUUGCUUUGUUGACAUUUUUUUUAUGGCGUACUUUACUUUUUCUAAGUCAAAAUUAGUGCUUUUCCAAAAUGUGCAAAGUAAAUUUUAAGAACGAUGCACCUUUUAGUGCAGAAAAAUAUGUAGCAUGAAACAGACAAUUGGAUUUCAUUUUUACAGUAUCAGAAUUGCACUCUUACUUUAUGUACAUUAGUUCUUCACACUCAAUAACUGUGAUAUGACAGCAAUGAGAUCCCUCCCUCCCCCUCCCAAAUUGUUUGCGUUGUAGAGCAGUGAUCUUGCAUUACAAUGCAAUUUUAUUUAUUUUACCGUGUAAGAUAGUUGAUUUUAUAUUACCAUAAAUUUUUAUUUGCUUGUAUUUAUUUACAUGUUCAGUUUGAAAAAUCAAGCUAUCUGUAAGAAAUAGGAUGCUAUCAAAACAGAAUUUUUGUAUAGUUUGAUUUGGGAAGUUUAUACUGUAUCUUGCAAUGAGAUUCCCUGAAAAUAGUGUACGUGCGUAAAGUCACCACCUUUAAGAAUUCUCAACAUAAAACUCAAUAAUUGUGUGUUGAUGCUUUACACUGCUGUGAUUGUUUGUUUAAGUUUUGUUCUAUUGUUACGUUUCUCAAAGAGCGAUGUUGUCCACGUUCAAAAUCCAAGAAAAUAAAUGUACCAUUAAAAUUGCAAUUUCAGUAAUUUAAAAUUUAUUUUGAUACAGA